ACCCCUCAGUAUACUGCAUUCAUGUUACAAAAUCCACUGGGAAAUAGGGCUAGACCAUUUCAUAGUUCGGGAUAUUUUGGCAUCCUCGUUAUAUUCUAACAUCAGAACAUUUAAAGACGACAGGCAACAUCUUUUUUUUAAUGGAAAUUAAUUUCGUUCGGAAAGCCCUGCUCUUCAAUUGUAUAUUAUUUGUAUAUUUCUCCAUGACCCCUAUCUUCAUUGGAAUGGUUGUUCCUUUACACUGCCAUGUUGGAUGGAUGUAUCGAUGUUGCAGCUGGAGUUCCGAAUGAAAGUUUAGAAUUUGCACUCUGCAAAGAUUGGGGUUCCCACGGUUUAGUCAAGGCGCCUGGGUCAUGAGGUUGUUAUCCAACAACCAGGAUCCUGAAAUAUUUCAUUUUGCAGACCUCUACCWUAGAAACAACGUCAUGAGAUGAUCCGGUUGCAGGCCAUGGCGACCAAAAGCUGCACGAAUUUGAUGUAAUGUUCAAGAGUAAAACAGUUCAUUUUGUUUAUUGAGAAGUUAUUUACGAACAUGAAUAGCCAUUCUCAGCAGCGGCGGGUUGGAAAUAUUGGCUCCAUACUCCUCACCCCGCAAGAGAACGAAUGCCUAUUCAACUACCUGGGCAGGAAAUGCAAUACCCUGUGCUCAGCGGUAGUCCAGGUGUAUGGGGCAGACAGGAGCUCAUCCUGGAUGAAGAGGUGCUGCGGAGUGGCCUGUCUGAUCAAGGAUAACCCUCUGAGGUCCUACUUCAUCAGGGUCUUUGACAUCAAGGAAGGGAAAACCAUGUUUGAACAGGAGCUCUACAAUAACUUCUCAAUCAACAGCUCUAGGUCGUAUUUCAUUUCAUUCGCAGGAGAUAACUGCCAGGUAGGCCUGAACUUCGCUAGCGAGGAAGAGGCCAAGCGAUUUAGAGCCGCACUUAACGACCUACUCGGCAGACGCCAACGUAAAACGGAGAAAAGAUGUGACCCUGCAAAUGGCCCGGCUCUCCCUAUGGCCACAGUGGACAUCAAGAACCCAGAGAUUAACAAUGUGCGCUUCCACAACUCCCAGCAGCAGCCUCAGCCACACCACAUCAACAACAUGCUGCACAGCAGCCUCAGCAAGAAGGAGAAGAAAGUCAAGUGCAAGAGGAAGAAGCUCACCAAGGCAGACAUCGGCACCCCCAGCAACUUCCAGCACAUCGGCCAUGUGGGCUGGGACCCAAACACAGGCUUCGAUUUGAAUAACCUGGACCCAGAGCUGAAGAACCUGUUUGACAUGUGUGGCAUCUCAGAGGCUCAACUCAAAGACAAGGAGACCUCCAAGGUCAUCUACGACUUCAUCGAAAAGAAAGGAGGGGUGGAGGCCGUCAAGAACGAGCUCCGUAGGCAAGCCCCACCACCCCCUCCCUCUCGGGGAGGCCCACCUCCCCCUCCACCACCCCACAGCUCGGGCCCAGCUCCCCCACCACCACCAUUGCGAGGUGGCCGGGGUGCCCCGCCACCUCCACCCUCACGGGCCCCCACCUCGGCCCCUCCCCCACCCCCACCCUCCAGGCCUGGUGCCCUAGGAGCACCCCCUCCACCCCCGCCCCCCACMAGAGGGGGCCACCACCAGCCACCACCACCUCCUCCUCCACCCUUGCAUGCCAGCACAGCACCCCAGGCCCCACCACCACCUCCCCCACCAGCACCACCACCCUCCGGUUGUGGGGGAGCCCCUCCACCACCACCUCCACCACCCCCACCUGGACCCCUGCCCCCUCCAGAGUUGGACUGUGGUGUGCCGUUGUCCCGCUCACCCCAGGGCUCGGGGGGUAAGUUGGCCCUGCUGGAGCAGAUCCGUGGGGGCACCCAGCUGAAGAAGGUGGAGGCACCGGCCUCCAAGACACCGGCCACCACUGUGGGGCGCGAUGCGCUGCUCGACCAGAUACGGCAGGGCAUCCAGCUCAAAACUGUACCAGACGGCCCAGACUCUGGCUCCCCUACACCAGCACCCUCGGCAGGCAUAGUGGGGGCACUUAUGGAAGUAAUGCAGAAGAGGAGCAAAGCCAUCCACUCCUCAGAUGAAGAUGAUGAUGAUGACGAAGAGGAUUUUGAAGAUGACGACGAAUGGGAUGACUAGUUAAGUCUUUCCUCCCCCUCCACCUGAGCACACCUGACACUAAACUGAUCCUAAAAUCUUCCAAAACCUGACUAAAAUUGUAAUGUAAAUGUUCUAUGAAUUGGGUAUAUAUUUGUUGCCUUUUUAUUAAUCUGUGCAAUACCUUGUUCAUUUAAUCUGUCAUGUUUUUUCACAUACCCUCUGUAGGGUAUCUCUGUUAAYACUUUCCUGGAACUCUGUCAUAGAACGCUCACAUCGUCGUUAAAAGCAUGACAUAAAUUAUAUAAUCUGUUAUAAGGGCUCCCGAGUGGCRCAGCGGUCUAAGGCAUUGCAUCUCAGUGCUUGAGGCGUCACUACAGACCCUGGUUCGA